UACUCGGUAAGACACUGAGAGAGAGACGUUAUUGUUCUUUUGUUAAUAUUAUAGAAACUUUUUUGCUCGCUUCUUCUUCAGGCGGUGUAAACAGGCUGCUCUUAUUUGUGUUAAGAAAACUAGCAAGGCGCAAACGUGGAGAAAGCGUCGAUUGCACGGAAUGAUUGCAAUUGCAGCCUGUUUCACUACAGCGAACUGCACCAAACAAAUGCAGACCCACUAAGUUCAGCAUAUCACUAGUAAAAAAAUGAAAAGAAAGCCCAACGGCCUGUUUGCAGGACACGUCUGGUUCGUCGCUGUGGAAAACAUAGAUCCAGCAGGACUCUGUGUACUUAUGGAAUUCAAACAGGACACCGAACCCCAUCCUGGAUAAGCCUUUGACGGCCACAAGGCCUUUGUGCGCUGCGCUACCGGGUCUGACGGAUACAACAUCUAAACUGCAAGGAAAUUUAGCAAUGGGAUUGGCAGUCCAACAGAGAGGGGAGUCUGUCCCAUACCAUAUGUAGGCUUACGCUGCGAUAAAUCUCUUAGCCCUUAGGGUGCCACAAGACUCCUUGUUGUUUUUAUCACAUGGUCAAGGAAUCCCGGCUAUGUUUGCGAUGGGACAUGGGGGGCGUCCUGUUUGACCUACAUAGGAAGAAGCUGUGAUGGGUGUGUGGGAAGAUUUCCACACACAGCAUUUAGAAAAGUUCUUUUGAUUCGCUCGAGGCAAGAUACGACCUGAGAAGUUGGAAUGAGGAAUAAUACUGAUGAUGAUGAUAACAGUAACAAUAAGAAGAAUCGAAUAGAUCUCCAGAUCAAUUUUUUUAAAAGCCGAGAGUGUGAGCACAGGACACCGUAAGGGAAUGCUGCAGAAAGAUGAGCCGCCGACCGUAUUUUCUUUUCCUUUCUUCUCCCCACCCUCGGCUGGGCUGAGCCCGGCUGCGCCGUAGCCUAAGCGGAGGGCGGAGCCUCCAGGCAGGCCGGCCGGCAACAUGGCGGAGGCGGAAGGGGAAAGCCUGGAGUCCUGGCUGAAUAAAGCUACCAAUCCUCUGAAUAGGCAAGAAGACUGGGAGUAUAUCAUUGGCUUCUGUGAUCAGAUCAACAAAGAACUUGAAGGUCCACAGAUAGCUGUGAGAUUGCUGGCUCAUAAAAUCCAAUCGCCACAGGAAUGGGAAGCAGUCCAGGCCUUGACAGUGCUGGAAGCUUGCAUGAAGAACUGUGGGCAGAGAUUUCAUAAUGAAGUCGGGAAGUUUCGUUUUUUAAAUGAGUUAAUUAAAGUUGUGUCUCCGAAGUACCUGGGAGACAGAGUGUCGGAGAAGGUCAAAACCAAAAUAAUUGAGCUGCUGUAUAGCUGGACGGUGGCCUUGCCAGAUGAGUCCAAAAUCAAAGAUGCCUACUACAUGUUGAAAAGACAAGGCAUUGUUCUGGGUGACCCUGUCAUUCCUGUGGAGAGAACCCUAAUCCCUUCACCACCACCCCGUCCCAAAAACCCUGUGUUUGAUGAUGAAGAGAAAUCCAAGCUUUUAGCUAAACUGUUAAAAAGCAAAAAUCCAGAUGAUUUGCAAGAGGCAAACAAGCUUAUUAAAUCUAUGGUGAAAGAGGAUGAGGCACGAAUACUGAAAGUAACAAAGCGCAUGCAUACCUUGGAGGAGGUAAACAACAAUGUGAAAUUGUUGAAUGAGAUGUUGGUUCACUACAGCAAAGAAGACUCUUCAGAGGCUGACAAAGAGCUAAUGAAGGAGCUCUACGAUAGAUGUGAAACCAAGAGGCGGACAUUGUUCAAGCUGGCCAGUGAGACGGAAGAUAAUGACAGCAGUCUGGGAGAUAUCCUGCAAGCUAGUGACAACUUAUCACGAGUAAUAAAUUCCUAUAAAAGAAUUAUUGAGGGGCAAGUCAUCAAUGGUGAAGUAGAUAUGUCUGGGCUACCAACAACAGAUGGAAGUGAUUCUGCCAUUAACAUCAGUAUGCUCAUUGACUUGGCGGGAUUGGACAUUUCUAGUACGCCACCGCCACCACCAAUGCCUCCUACAGUGUUGACACCAGCACCAACAUCAGCUCCAGCUCCGGCCUCAUCAGAAAUCCCCAUCCUCCCGCCUCCUCCUCAGAACGUCGGUCACUCCCGGAGUCGUUCCUCCAGCCAGGCUGAAGUUACUCCCACUCAGCUGACUAGUGCAGCCAAUUCCCUCUCCUUGCUUGAUGAGGAACUGCUAUGCUUAGGCCUGAAUGAUCCAGCUCCUGCUGCGGCAAAAGAAUCUACCGAGAGCAGUCAGUGGAACAUGUUCCAGAAUGAACCAGUGGAUCUGGACUUCUUGAAUCCAAAACCAGGUUCUGUUGCCUGCAACUCUGCAGUGAACCCUCUUCUUCCUGCAAUGUCGCAGCCCAUUUGUGGAACAUCAGCAUCUCUUGACUCUACAUUCACGACUCCUCAACCUGCCCCUACCUCAGCCUCUUUCAUAUUCUCUGCUGGACCACCACUGGGCACUCCUAAUACAGUGCCAGGUGCCCCUAGGUACCUUGGCUGUGCUAUGGGAGGUACUGAUCUGCACAAGAUGGAUCCAAUAGCACAUCUUCUGGAUGAGAGCAAAGGACCUUCACCUCAAGCAACUAUAGGAGCCUCUGUGUUCCAUGGAGGAGUUGCUUUACCUGCUGCUGCUUCUGCAACUCUGACAUCAGCUUCAGGAUUGCCAGUCGCGUCAUCAGGAGUCCCUACAAUCCCAUACCCAAGUAGCUGCACUACAGGGUCAGGAAGCCCCCUCUUCCAGCCAGCCUUAUUCCAGCAGCAAGGAGGUCCCCUGAAAGGACCUGAGAUCUCUUUGGCCAAUGUCCAUGUUCCUCUGGAGUCCAUUAAGCCCAGUAGUGCUAUUCCUGUGACUGCUUAUGACAAGAAUGGUUUGCGUAUCCUACUGCAUUUUGCCAAGGAGUGUCCGCCUGGGCAGCCUGAUGUGUUGGUUGUGGUGGUAUCAAUGUUAAAUACAGCACCCCUUCCUAUUAAGAACAUUGUGCUACAAGCAGCAGUGCCAAAGUCCAUGAAAGUGAAGUUGCAGCCACCUUCGGGGACAGAGCUAGCUCCAUUCAAUCCUAUCCAGCCACCAGCUGCUAUCACCCAGGUCAUGUUGCUGGCAAAUCCUAGAAAGGAAAGGGUGAGGCUGAGGUACCGACUGACUUUCGCACUAGGAGACCAGCCCAGCACAGAAGUGGGGGAGGUAGAUCAGUUUCCCCCUGUUGAGCAAUGGGGAAACUUAUGACCCAGAGGCAUCCCAAAGGGACUGGAAUGAAUGUGAAGUGGAAAGGGCGUAAGUGGUAUCUGGCAGUGAUAUUGAGCGUUGUUUACAUGUCCUGUCCACUCCACUUGUAGCUUUAGUCCAGAAUGUUUCCUGCAGUCUGGAACAUGAAUGCCAAGCAUGAACUUGUGUAGGCAACCAGGAAUAGAGGCCUUGGAUGGCUUCUUUACCUUCGCCAAUCUGGUUCUAUCUUCCACUUUGUUAAACUUGAAACCUGAUCAUUCUGGAGAGCUUUGCAAGCAGAAAGGGAGCACACCAGUAUGCUCCCUCAGUGUUGGCCAGAUGUCUACAAAGGGCUAUGAUGCCCUCCUAAGUUCCUUGGGGGCAGAGCCCUACAGAUGUUCCUAUGCUCAAUUUUUUUACCUCCUUGGUGCCAGAACUAAGACAACCUGUAGGCUUGCUGAGCAAUAACAUAGGGUCCACAAGAGGAGUUUUCUGCCAUGACUUGACACUUCAUUUACUUUUGUAGGCAACAUCUAUCCCAAAAGCCAGCACAGCUCAUACAGGUCAACAACAGCUGUGUAUUUUGCACUUGUCACAUGUGAACAUAACACAUGGCUGUGAAGCUGCUGCCUUUGAUUUUAUAUUUCCAGCUGACUCUGCAAUGUGUGCUUUCCUGGCAGCUGUUACAUCUUAUAUGCACAUGUCUCUAUGGCAGUUUUUCCCCAGUGUUCAACAGUUGUAUUCUGUUUUGAAGUAAAAACUGUGACAGUCAAAAAGGCACCGUUUCCAUUGCUCAAAGGAAGAGGAGCAUGAGGAGAAAUGAGGGCAUCCACUCUAGAUGCAACUGUUAGUCAGGGUCAAAAUGAAAUGAUGCAGCUGAGACCUUGAUUCUUCUUUUGAAGGCAGUAUUAUUACUUAGGAAUGUACAAUGCAUAUAGAGCUGUAGGAAAACAUCAGACCUGCAGCUAAGGGAAAAGAGAAGCCAUGGCCAUGCAUGUGCUGGGUUGAUUAUACUCUAUUUUAUUCAUUCCAAAUAUUAAGUGGUUAAGUGCAAUUGUCUCCAGGAGGAGAGAUCCCUGUGUUGAGGCACACAGACCUUUUAAAAGAGUAGUAGUAUUCAUAAUCUGGCAUAUAAACCGUUAAGUGACUGUCACUGCUUUGAGUCUAGUAGUCGUUUCCUCCUUUCUACUGCAAUUAUUUUUUACCUAAAAUAUGCUUUCAAAAAUGUUGAGCAGAUAGCUUUUGUGAAAUUAUAUAUACCGUUGUCAUGAACUAAUAAUCUUGCCUGGUUAUGAACAGAAGGUUCUUUGGAAAAUAAAAUACUGAAGUAGGUUAAGAAUGGCUAGAGGUGUAAUAUUCAGUACUCCUUGCUACGCUGUAUAACUGGAGGUGGAAAUCCUGCUAAAGCUCACUUAGUGACAUUUUUAAAAAGCUGUUUUGCAAAGAACAGUUUGGAUUUUGGGGAUGCCUUAUACUUAACACGGAACAAUUGUCCCCUACAAUGGCUUGAAUAGCCACUGGGCUAAGGUUUUAUAGACAGUACAAGGCAGUGUGCCAGGCUGCCAAAAGGUUCAAUGUUUUGUGGAGAGUUCAGGUUUGUGUACAUAGCUAGCAACUGUCUGUAAAGGGACAGUUAUGAUCCAGAUGAACAAAAGGAGAGAUUUGGAGGACAGCCAUAGCUAUGUUUCAUUGAUGAGAACAGGAGGGCAUUUCUUCUAGCUGGUCCUUGCUAGUAUUUUAGAGUCUCUGCUGUCAUGUUUUUGCAUAAGUCUGCCACAGCAUAUCCAUAGGCUUCAAUGCUAUAUAGCUUGCCUAUAAGCAAGUCACUCUUUCUGACUGAGCAAACCAGAAAAAAGCACAAGUGCUUUCUGCUGAAUGGCUUUCUCAAUGUCAGUGCUGUUAUACCCACAUUGUAUAAAUCCAGCAGCAAGAUUCCAUAGCCUCACUGUGUGGAAAUGUACUGUUACAAGCUUCAGAAGUUAUUUAUGAAUGUUACUUGUUCAUAGGCUGAAGUUGCAGCUUCCUACCAAACACUCAAGACUGUAAAUAUGUCUCAGAAGUACUUGUUCUUCUGCACGUUCAAUAAAAUUGCUUUCUCUACUCUG